AUGGUGGAAAGCGAACUGCCAAUUGUCAACACCUUUACAUUACCCUCCUCCAAUUCAUUUUCUGGCAACAGAUGCUUCAGACCUAGCUUGGGGGGCACAACUGAAAGACCUAGCGAUCUGGGGAAGCUGGUCCCAAGAAGAACAACGGCUACACUCGAAUCAGAAAGAGAUGCUGGCCAUUUUACACGCCCUCCAGACCCAUGUUCAUUUAUUGAAGCACAGCUCGCUGCUCAUACAGUGCGACAACAAGACUGCAGUCGCUCAAUUACGGAAAGAAGGAGGUACGAAAUCCAUAUCACUAAUGAACAUAACUUACCAAAUUUUGAAAUUAUUAGACCAUCACAAAAUACACUUCAGCAUUCACUACAUUCCGGGCAAGUACAACAAUCAUGCCGACCACCUUUCGCGUCACCGUCAACCUCCAGAGUGGCACCUACUACCGACCUGUGCGGAAAUGGUGUUUGCGAAAUGGGGUACUCCAGUGAUAGAUUUAUUCGCUUCGAAAACUGCUCACGUAGUGUACAAUUAUGUCUCUCGGGAUUUGAACGAUCACCAAGCUCUCUUUCACGAUGCGUUCAGUGUUCCAUGGGACUAUCCACUUGCGUGGGUAUUUCCCCCGCCGUUCUUAAUCCCCAAAGUUCUGGCACACCUGAAUCAGUCAACAGGAAUAUUCUUGAUAGUAGUUCCACGGUGGGAGAGAGUGUUUUGGCGCGCAGACCUCAAAGCCCGAUCCCUCGAAGCCCCGUUCACUCUGAACAAUUUGCACAAUCGUCUGAUCGACACAUCAACGGGGCUUCCACCGCAGAAAGUAGAAUCCAUGACGCUCGAAGUUUGGAGAUGUGGGGGUGGACUGAAGCUAUAAAAUCAUGGAACAUUGAUCAGCUAUCAUUGCUUAAAAACUCUUGGCGUAAAUCAACCUUAAAAACUUACGAGGUGGCUUGGAAACGUUGGACUUUAUGGUGUAAGGAUAAAAACGUUAACCCGAAAAACCCCACUGGUGCGCAACUAGCACAAUUUUUAUCAGAUUUAUAUUUAAUACAUAAAUUAUCGUAUAACACUAUACUACUACAUAAGUCAGUAGUUUCUACCUUAUGUAAUUCAGAAACAUCGAGUCAGUUAAGCUCACAUGUUCUUGUAAAGCACAUCUGUAAAUCAAUCGCUCUUAAAGUUCCAAAGAUUUCCAAAGCACCUAUUUGGGAUGUUAGUAAAUUAUCUUCCUUUUUAGCCAACUACACUAUAGACAUAAAUAAUGUAUAUCAGACUUCACGGCAUACAGCACUCUUAUUACUAUUGUGUUCAGGAAGGCGUGUACAUGACCUCACCUUGCUUAGAGUAGAUCCUGAGCAUUUUGUUAUGGCUGAACAUAGUGUAGUAUUUUGGCCGGAAUUUGGUUCAAAAACUGACAAUAAUGAUUACAGACAGUCUGGUUGGAAAUUGAUUUCAAACACAAAUAAUCGUAAUCUGAAUCCUGUAUUUUGGGUAGAGAAGACUGUAGCAUUGCUAAAUGAAAGACGUGAUACUGCAAAAUCAUUUAAACUUUUUAUUACAGUAAGAGGGAUUGCAAAACCCGCUUCACGAACAGUUAUUUCAGGCUGGAUAAAGACUCUAUUUAAGGAAGCUGGCAUAACAGCCACGCCAGGAAGUGUUCGGUCAGCUGUAGCCUCCAAAAAUUGGCUGGAGAAUACUCCAAUUGAUGAAAUCCUGACUCGUGGAAACUGGCGAUCAGCUAAUACAUUUCACAAGUUCUAUAGACGAGAAGUAAUGAAAACACAAGAUUCUCAAAAUGUAGCACAAUUAUUCACACCGGCGAACUAAUUAAUGAUUAUUUAUUGAUAAAAUUGAUUGAAA